GAUUAAUUACAUAGUUGUUAUUAUAAGUUAUAAUUUAUCAUAGAUUUUUAAUAUAUUUGAAAAGGAAAAAAUAUACGUGCCUAAUAAGUACACACACAAAAACACAUAAAUAUAUUCAAAUAUUGCCUUGAAAAAUGGAUCAACGGAUGUACGGAAUGAAUGCCCCGGCUCUGCACCAUUAUCCCGCCACAUUCCCAACGACAUAUGGUUUGGCACAGUCUUUCCAAAGACAAACGCCGUUUUCUUCCAUGUACGGAGCUGCCGGACUGGGAAACAGUGGACUUGGAUAUUCAGCUCACCAAGCAGCAUCCGAAUGGGGUUUCCACCAUGGUACGUCAAACUUAUCCAUGAACCUGAACGGAGGACUUAACGGGAGUUGUGCAGCGGCCGCGGCCGCGAACUUUUUAUCGUCAAGAGACUCGGUGGUGGCACAGGAGUACUUUACAAAUGCCGCCAACUCAGCGUCACAAGUGGCCGGACCGCUGUCCUCAGUGAUGACAGGGAGUAUGCUGUCGUCGGUGAAGAGCAUGACCAACGGUAGUGUCGGUGGCGGAGGAGGCGGUGGUGGUGGAGGCGGUGGAAACGGUGCAAGUGACGGUAGUGGUGGAGGCAGCGGCAGUGGUGGUGCCGGUGGUGGCCUUGGCUCAGGUGUCGCUGGACACGUUUCUGGACAUAGCCUCGUUGGUGGAGGUGCCAAUUCUGUACCGUAUUGUGAUUCCAUCAAUUCCUCCAGUUACGCCACCCCUUUCUCCGCCAUCCACCCCGUUUCAUUAGCCAUGCAAUCAGCCACAACCAACAUCUCAUCAAAAUCAUCAGAUUCCCAUAACUCUUCAUCGUAUAAACUUGAUUUAACAACUAAGCCCAGAAAAGAAAGGACUGCAUUUACAAAACAUCAAAUACGGGAAUUGGAAAAAGAAUUCGCAAUUCACAAUUACCUCACCAGACUUCGGCGUUACGAGAUUGCUGUUGCUCUUGACCUUACAGAACGACAGGUUAAAGUCUGGUUCCAGAACCGUCGGAUGAAAUGGAAACGAGUAAAAGGUGCACAGCUAGUAAAAGACAAAGUGACUGGCCAGUUGAAACCUCUGAUGACUUCUAGUGUCACUUCUACGGGGAGUCCGAUAAGAGCGUAUGGCGAUUCGCUAAAAGAAGGGAAUUCUGUGAUAAAACAAACAGAUUUUGAUUAUCACGACGAAGUGAAGGAAAAACUUGCCAAGCAAUCAUGACCGUUUGUAGGUACCCAUUUGGAUCCUGCAUGGCCAUAUACAUACGAAUACAAAAUCACACAGUCACACAGACAAAAACAAAGGUGUGUGCCCUUUACGUACGGAGCUGUUGAAGCCUUAGUUUCAAACAAUAAAAUUGGAACUAGAUUUAUCUGAAGGCUAUUAUACAUAUAUUCGGGACCUACUUACAUGACACCCAGUAACAUAUAUGCUCCGAAGCGGCAGCAAUAUUAUGUGGGCUUGAACCAGAAUCAGUGAGUUUAACGUGUGCAACACGAUUAUUAACCAAUUUCUGAAUAAGAAAAAAGAGAAAUGUGUAUCAAUAUUUA